CCAUGACGCUGUGUGUGUGGUGUAAUUAGGUCUUUAAUAUGGGUGAUUAAGGCUCCAUUGUAAACGACUCCGCAUGAGAAAUGUGAGGCAGUUCUUCUAAACUUCAAGUCACUUUGACAAUUCAAUUUCUUUGGUUUACAAUUAAAAUUUAAAUAGUACAUUAAAUAUAGUCAAAUGACGACUGCGCCAUUCAGAUAGCAUCAAUAAUGCAGCAUCUAAAUACUGCAUCUGCUUCAGCACGAGAACAAAAUUUAAGUGACUGCUGAUUGGCUGAAGCGCGCCUGACGUCAGCUCACGGAUGUUUAAAGGGGAUUGAAGUCUGGUAACAGAGCAGCGUGAAGAGCGCCGUUAACUUACAAUGCUCAGACCUCAUGAUGAUAUGCCAACAAGACGUAGUUUAAAUAUAGGUAAAUUAAGUUUUAUCGGUGACAUUUCUUUUUGCCUAAAGACAAGAUAUGGUCCGGCGUCUGUAUCUAUCCAAACUGUCAGACUGAACGCGAUCCUCGGUUUGUCGCGCGAUCGUUUGUUCUGUAUUUAUGAGCCUGUGAAAUGAUCUGGAAGUUGUAAAGCAGGUAGUGACCCAUUUAUUAUGGUAAACACUGCUUGUAAUACACAACUGCCUCAUGUCAGAAUGGGGGCCCUGGCAUGGAAGCGGUGUGUUGGAUGUGGAUGCAAGAUUUUGGACCGCUUCCUCCUGUUUGCUUUGGAUGGAUACUGGCACUGCCACUGUCUCAAGUGUUCCUGCUGCCAAGCCCAGCUGGCAGAAAUUGGCUCAUCGUGUUUCACAAAGCGUGGCUUGAUCCUCUGCAAAAGUGACUAUAUAAGAUUAUUUGGAAACAGCGGAGUCUGCAGGGCUUGCAGUAAGUCUAUUCCAGCAAAUGAAAUGGUUAUGCGAGCACAGGGCAAUGUUUUCCAUGUCAAGUGUUUUGUAUGCUCUGUCUGCCAAAACCAGCUAGUACCUGGCGACCGUUUUCACUAUGUGAAUGGAAAACUGCACUGUGAGCGGGACAGGCCAACAGCUUCUGCGCACAGAAACGACCACUUGGAUUCACUCAGGGAGCACAACAUAUCCGAACAGGAGUCCUGAGCUCGUCGGUUUUUUUUGCUGAGCUCCAAGAAAGAGACACUAAUGGAGCACCUAGUUUCAUAUUCAAGACCUCAUAUAACCCAGUAGUUGCUUUGUCAGCUACAGUCCAUUUUGUGAAGGUCUAAUAUUGUGGAAAUUCAACGUAUAUGGUAAUAUCUGCCAGUUUAAAUGAGGUUAACCAUUGGAGCUGAAAAGUAAUAUCAGCAAGCAUCCUUGCGUAUCAUAAUCAAUUAUGGAUUGGUUUUGCACAGAAUGACCUUUCUUAUAUGUUGUGGACCUGCAAUUUAGUUGUGGUGUCUGUUAGUUCUGAAAUGGAGAUGUGUGCUUCACUUUCAGGCAGUGAAAACACACCAUCUUCCACUGGUGUGUGUGUGUGAGUGACAUUUAUCUUUUGGUAAUGAUAUGGAUAUUCUUCCUGGUCUGCAAUUACAGUAUCCCUGUAAUUAACCUGUCCAUAAAUCAAUUCUAGCAGCAUCCAGAGAAUAAAGGUUCUCAGCACUACAGAUGAUCUCUUGGAGAUCACAAUGUUUUGUUUGUUUGUUUUAAAUUUUAAGUUUGCUAUAAAGGACCGAUCUUUAAAGUGUGUUGUGUAUGAAGUAAUAUUUGCUUUGUUUAAAAAAAAAAAAAAAAGAUUAAAAACCUAUUAUCCAAUAAGGA